AUGGCCGAGGAAGCGCCAGGCUCCGCACCUGCGUCGCAGCCAGACGGCUCGGGAAAGCGACAAUUUGAGGAUCACGCGCCGACCGACGACGGCUCCGCGCCGGCCGCGGACGAAGCGGAACCGUCUGCCGGCGGCGUGUACUCCUCGGUUCCGCCUCCCGCGUCCGAGUUCGAUCAGGCGAAGCGCAAAGCGGAAGAGCUUGCGGCUAAGUUCUUAAACACCGGCGCGAAGCGGUCUAAGUUCGAUGAGCCGCCUGCUGCCGGGGGAGCGGCGGGUGCGGCGCAAGUAGCGCCGGGAGGAGGCCCGGGAGGAGGGGGCUCCGAGCCGGGUGGCGGCGGCGGCUCGGGAGGAGGGGGCCCGCCGGGAAUGGGUCCCCCGAUGGGGGGACCUAUGGGGGGACAGAUGGGGGGACAGAUGGGUGGACAGAUGGGGGGACCGAUGGGGGGGCCGAUGGGGGGACAGGGGGGAGGGCCGCCGGGGGGAUAUUCGGGAUACGGCGGCGGGCAGGGCCCUCCUGGGAUGGGCGGUAAGCAGCGAAAAACCGUGGGGCUGGUGAUCGGCAAGGCGGGCGAGACGAUCAAGUACCUGCAGGCGCAGUCGGGCGCGAAGAUCCAGGUCACGCGCGACGCGGACGCGGACCCGCGCUCCGCGCUGCGCUCCGUGGAGCUCAUGGGGACUCCGGAGCAGAUGGCGCAGGCGGAGGUGCUCAUCCGCCAGGUGCUGGACGAGCACCAGGCAGCGGGCGGCGGCAGGGCGUUCGCUGGAAACACUAGUAGCGAGUCCGUGUCCAUUCAGAUCCCCAACGGCCGGGUGGGGCUUAUCAUUGGUCGCGGCGGCGAGACCAUUAAGAACCUACAGAAUCGCUCGGGCGCGCGCAUUCAGAUUCAGAGCGACAGGGAGGUGCAGCCGGGGAGCAUGGAGCGCACAGUGAUGCUCAUGGGCACCAAGCAGCAGACGGACGUGGCACAGGAGCUCAUCCGCGAGGUGCUCGACGAGUGGGUCGACGCACACACACCAAGCAGGAGACGGACGUUGCACAGCACAGGAGCUCAUUCAUUCGCGAGGUGCUCGACGAGGUAUGUGUGCUUGCUGGCACGCGUGCGCAGUGGGGCGCUGUGCGGCGGUGCACAUGCAACAGAGGUGCACACGCGCGUGUCACUGCAUGCAGCAGCUCACUCACUGUGCUUUCUAGUUGUGAGGCGCCUCAAAACUACACAUGCAACAGGAGGUGCACACGCGCGUGUCACUGCAGCAGCUCACUCACUGUGCUUUCUGCUGCCGCUAUCCUCCCCUCGCCGCCCUCAACUUUCCGCCCUCCCUUUGCUGCCCUCCCCUUGCCGCCCUCCCCCUGCUGCCCUCCCCUUGCCGCCCUCCCCCUGCCGCCCUCCCCUUGCCGCCCUCCCCCUGCCGCCCUCCCCCUGCCGCCCUCCCCCUGCCGCCCUCCCCUUGUCGCCCUCCCCUUGCCGCCCUCCCGUUGCUGCCCUCCCAUCGCUUCCUUCCACUGAAUCUGUCCCCUCUUCCGUUUUCUUCCUCCCUCCCCCUCUUCCCCUUCACCUUUCCGCUCCCCCUUUACCCCGGUGCUCAUUACUGCUCCCUUUUCCCCCUCCCUUGUUCCACUCCCCCCCUUCUUCUCCCCCGCUGCUGUUCCCCUCUGUAUCCUCCAUAUCCCCUCCUCUUGUGCCCCUUGCUGUUCUCCAGUCGAACCGCCGCGGAGGGCCCGGAUUUGGAGGGGGAUUUCGCCAACAGCAGCAGUGGCAGGGAGGGGGAGGGGGAGGGGGGCAGCAGGGAUGGCAGCAGGGAGGGGGGUACGGUGGAGGGGGGCAGUAUGGGGGGGGACAGUAUGGGGGGCAAGGGGGCGGGGGAGGGUAUGGAGGGUACGGGCAGCAAGGGGGAGGGGAGUAUGGAGGCGGGGGGGAAGGCUGGGGGCAGCAGGGGGGAGCAGGAGGGAUGGGGCAGGGGGGAGGGGGAGGGUACGAUUAUUAUGGGCAGGGACAGGGGGGUGGGCAGGGCGCAGGGGGGGAAGCAGGGGCGGGGAAUGGCAAUGCAGGGGGAGCAGAAGGGGGAGCGGAUGGGGGGUAUGGGUAUGGGGGGCAGGGGGGGCAGGGCGGAGGGUAUUACAACAACCAAGGUGGUGGGGGGUAUGGGCAGCAAGGAGGAGGGGGCGAAGGGGGCGGAGCAGCAGCAGGAGGAGGGGCAGCAGCAGGAGGAGAAGGAUACGGGCAGCAGGAAGGGGGGUAUGGGCAGCAGCAGUAUGCACAGCAGGGGGGAGGCUACUAUGGGGGACAGCAACAGGGGGGCGGAUAUGACUAUUACCAGCAGGGAGGGCAGCAGCAGGGGGGAAUGGAUCCGUAUGCGCAGCAGCAGGGGCAGGGGGGAGGGGGACAGCAGCAGGGGGGGUACGGUGGGGGGUAUGGGCAGCAGGGGCAAGGGGGGUAUGAGGGAGGGGGCGGGUAUGGGCAGGAAGGGCAGGAGGGAGGGGGAGGGGCAGCUGCAGGUCAGGGGUGA